UCCAUAUUGUAAUGAAAGGAGAUUCAGCAUCCAAGUUCCCUAUAAAUUAUAUCAUCAAAAAGAGCUUCACAGUUGAUAAUGCACAGCUGCCUCCAUCCAUAAAGGCUUUUACAGGACAGGAAAUAAUUUGCAGCCCAUCUCCAAAUAUAAAUAGCGAGAGAUCAAAUGACAAUACCCCACAGGAGUUUCAUAGUAGCACGUCUCCAUUUCAACAAUCCGACAAAGACAAGCUCAGCAACUCUGCGGCAAAAAGAUGCCUUGAAUUCCCAGAGCAUGAACCAACAAACAAAGAAAGUGGAGAAAGUCUACAUCAUAGAGCUGGGGAACUUGAUCUUCAGACCGUCAAACGCCCUAAGCAAGACAGUUCAGGAAAUAACGUUGCAGAAGACAUGUACGAUACACAGGAACAUAACCAAUAAAUUUACACAGGGCACCACCAACCACACAAGCAACAACCAAGGACUGCAGU